GGUGAGUAGCCGGGUUGUUAACCCUAAGGUGUGUCUCUUCCGCGCCGUCUCGUUCAUCUCCAAAGCGGUGCCCUCUCGGCCUCUCCCCCCUAUCAGCUCUCAACUCGCUCUCCUCGGUGGGCGCCUCCCGAACUUGCGAAAGAGAUGCUCCACUUGCGGCGGAUUCUGUACCUUAGCUCCCUAUCUGCUUAUGAAUCCUUCUUGAUGGCAAGGAGUAUUGCACUACAUGGCCAAAUGAAUCGGCCCAGCCACCUCGGCAAUGCCUUUUUCUGCACCUUCAGUAAUCCUCUGGGGGAACAAGUUGGCAUCACUAAAGGGAAGGAUAGAGCAGAAAUGAGGAAGGAAACCAAGAAGGUCAAUGUAACAUCGGCCACCAUCAUUACAAAUAGUAGCCAUCGCGAUGGGUCUAUAUACAAAAACUCGUUUCUCGACGUAUGUCAUGUCAAAAACCGUGCUGAGACACAAUUGGAGCCAAUGAGGUUAUCGGACCCUGCUAAUUGCUAUCCUGACCAGAAAAGGUGUCGUGUGCAUUUUGAAUGUGACAUGAUGCAAAUUUUCUCACUAAAAUUGGCUAUAGUUCCUAUGAGCACAAGCUCAGUGCAAUUAUAUGGAUAUAUAGCAGCACGUGAUUAUCUGGAUUUAUCGCUUAAUUAUAUUGUCAAUCGUAGCAGGGACAACCCCCUUACGGUGCGACAGGGUUCCCUCAUUGAGAUGACUGGCCCUAAGAGGGGCAUCACAAUGACCAGCGCUGUUCUAGUUGAGUAUGACAUGAGGAUCAUGAAAGGAGAGCAAGAAGAAGAUGAUCUACAACUAAUUGACGGUGCAACAGACUUCUGCGAAGUAACCACACCUUCUUGUCCAUCCACGUAUCGUAUUAAUGGCGAUUGUGGUGCGGUUGACAUCACAUUAGCAUGCGUUGUCAAUGCAGUGGAGGCCACAAUAGAUGUUAUUGUAUCAGAAGUGCAGAGUGGAUUCAGUUUAUCUCUCAGUUCAUUUGUGUUUGUCGGUGGGUCACGUCAUGGAAUUGAACUUUUUUGUGAUGAUGUUGGCGAGUCAUGUGUCUUAACAAGAAGAUAUGUGAUGGCCGUAGAGAUGGAUAGUUGGAUGCAGUUGAAGCUCAAGGUAGGUCAGAAAGGUUCUAAAUAUGAUGACCUGGAACAUUAUUGUCGCUUCAAAGCACACAUCCAUGGAUACGCACGUCGACAAAUACAGCUUGAGCAUGCCUCUAUCUGGCUGAAGGUGACUUGGUCGGCUAUGCCAUAAAGUUGUCUUGUUUCAUAUUCGAAUUUUUGUUUCAUUAUUUGAUCUUGCACUGGGUACAUGUCAGACUUAGCGUUGGAUGGAUAUCUACUCCCUCCGUUCCAAAAUAGAUGACUCAACUUUAUACUAAAAACUUUAGUACAAAGUUGGGUCAUCUAUUUUGGAACGGAGGGAGUACUUACUACUGAUAUUGUGUUGGAGCUGGGUUGGAGCUGGGUACUGUUAUGUUUCUUCCCUGUUUUAGUGAGAAGCAGAUAAAGUUUUCUGCAUGUACUCUAAUAAUGGCUUAUUAUCUAUCCUUGGAAGGUGUAGUUGAAACAUGAGGCGUUUGUUGGUUGUUGUGUGAGUUGUGCUAUCUUAUUCGACAAGUUUGAGCAA